AGAGAACUGGCGGCGCUUGGAUGUCCAAACUCGUUGUGCAGCUGUUGCUGUGAAAAGGAGCAGGAGAAGCCUAGACAGAAAAUAACUUGUGUUUUUCUUCUUCAAACCCUGCUCUAUACUGCAGAAUUUAACGCAAGUUUAAAGACCGUUGGGUGACAAAGACAGCUGCUGGAGUUCCUACUUCUGCAAGGGUUGAUGGUGGUGACACUUGUGAGGACAAAGUGUGGCAGCAGAAGGAGCACAAACGCAUGAGGAUUUGUGCUGGAGAUCACAAGGGGCACAAGAAGACCAGUGCCUGAAGGUUUAAAGACAUUGAAGUUCUUGAGAAUUUAUAAGGGUAGCAGCUGGCAGCGACAGCAGCAAGACUUCAGGAGUUAAAAGUGGUGCAGGUUGUCAAGACCAUCACCUUCUAAGGAGAAGAGGGAACCAACCCCCCUGGAUUUUAAAAGAACCCCCCCCCAAAAAAAUCUCAUCUUGGAGAGGAAAUUGCCAAACGCACCAACAAUGGCCGAUCCUGCCCUCUCUGCCAAUCAGCAGCAACCGAAUGGCAAAACUUCUCCCUUCUCCCCCUACAGGCAUGCAGGUGGUGGAGACGGCAGUGGAGGGGGACCUUUUUUGGUGUCUCCACCCACUAGUCAGCAGCUACUCCAAGGGGAGGAGAUGGACAGUAGGUGGCAACCGAGAGAGGCCAACCAGCCAAGUGGCAGCCCAUUGAGUGGAGAGGAUGGCUGCCCAGGUGUGGAAUGUGCAACUCCUCGGCCAGUUGGAGGAGGAGGAGCAGGCCAAGGCUUGGGUGCCCCGGAAGGAGCUGUUGGUGAGGUUGAGGGCCAGAACUGUGGUGCAGUUGCAGACAUCCAGAAGACUGGUGAUGGAGAGCAGCUGGGGUUGCAGAUGGACCCACAGUGCCAAGACUAUUGUGGACCUGGUGGCCAGAGGUGCAGGCCCCAACCUGGAGGAGAGGAGGAAAGGCAGCUGGGCAAAAAGAAGCACAGGAGGCGCCCGUCCAAGAAGAAGAGGCAUUGGAAGCCUUACUAUAAGCUCACCUGGGAAGAGAAGAAGAAGUUUGACGAGAAGCAAAGCCAGCGUGCUUCCAGGCUGCGGGCCGAGAUGUUUGCCAAGGGGCAGCCAGUCGCCCCCUACAACACCACGCAGUUCUUGAUGGAGGAUCACGACCAGGAAGAGCCGGACUUGAAGCCUGAUCUCUGCCCCAAGAGGUCUGCCACCAAGUCGGAUGACACCAGCGAGGAAGACUUCAUGGAAGAUGAGGAUGGAGGCAGCGAUGGGAUGGGAGGGGAUGGCAGCGAGUUCCUGCAGAAGGACUUCUCAGAGACGUAUGAGCGGUAUCACGUGGAGAGCCUGCAAAACAUGAACAAGCAGGAACUGAUCAAAGAGUACCUGGAGCUGGAGAAGUGUCUUUCCAGGAUGGAGGAAGAGAACAACCGGCUGCGAGUGGAGAACAAGAAAUUUGCAGGGGACUCCACAGAGGACCCCAGGGUAAGGCAGUUAGAGCAGGAACUGGACAGUCUGAGAGCUGAGAACCAGAAACUCUUGAAAGAGAAUGAACUCUACAGACAACAGGAGAAACCUCUUUCCAAGUUGGGAGAGUGAUGCUGGGGGAUUUUGUGAGGACGUGUAUGGGGUAGGACAAGACUCCUUCCUGAGAUGAGAAUGCAAGACGCUAUAUCCAUAUUGUGGGUGUGUAUAUAUAAAGACAAUUGACUUUUUUCUUUUUGUUGACUUAAUCAGAAUAAAUUCAAAACCUCAUACUGUUUUUGAAGAUAUAGCUAUAA